UUGAAUGUUGUGAUUAUGUUCACGGUUGUCAGUUGCUUUGGAUAAAAGCAUGCAUCUGCCAAAAUGUAAUGUAACAUAUCUGAAGAUUCCCAGAAGCGUCUUAAAUUAACUAUUAGGCUACAGCAAUAUCUAACUUGUGCAUUGAUCCGACCCUGGGUGGAUCAAUUGUGUUUACACAGUUACAUAAUUCUCAACAGGAAACCCAAACAUGUUUAUCAAACGCAUAAGCAAACAAGCAGAGGCAACAGUGCUCAUAUCAGAGUACCCCAUUGAUUAGCAGCACCUGACUGUGUGGCUGAUGCGUCACAGUAGAGUUUGUUCCUGGAGUGCUGGCUUUCAGGUGACUUUGUCUUGGGCCAGUGACCAGUGGAUAAAAAGCAGGCGCAUAGCUGGGCAAGACACUAGCUGGUCCUGUGUGCUGUUGGUGUUGGUCCUGUGUGUGCUCUUACAGUGUUGUGUUGAGUUUGGCAACAUGAAGUUCUUGGUGGUCGCAGUUGUUCUGGUGGCAGCAGUGAGCUGUGCCAGUGUGGGCUCUGUGGAUCUGGACAAGACCUUUCAGGAAUGGAAGGUCACGAAUGGAAAAGUGUACAGCUCCCCUGAGGAGGAGGCAAUGCGUAAGCAAAUCUGGAUGGACAACUGGAGUGAGGCUGAAGCCCACAACGCUCGGUACGCACAGGGGCUGGAGACCUGGACUAUGGGCAUGACUCAGUUCGCUGACAUGACAGGUGAAGAGUUCGAAUCUAGUAUGGGGACACCUCAUCUCGAUGGCAAGCUGAGGCAUUUAAUAGCCAAGCUGAGGAAGGCAUUCAACUCAUUCAUUCAUUCAAUUCAUGGAAAUUAAAAACAGAAAAGGAAAUUCAUUGUGCAGACAACAGUGAAAAAUAAAUAAAUAAAUAGAUAAA